AUGAAAGUUCUUCUUGGUCGUCUGGAGCAAGGGGCUGCAACGCCGUGGUCCAGUUUCUUACCAGAUCAUCUGCGGCCAAAGGGGGUGACUGCGAAGGUUUUCGAACAAGCUGUGCCCAACGACGCAAAGUCAAAAUCAAGCCAAGAAUGCAAGGCACCAAAAUCCGAAUACACUCCUUUGGGCCUACGUGUUGUGGGCAAGGUGUGGGAGUACUCCCAAGACCCUAUUGGCUGCAGAGAAGUUCAAUAUGCCAUAGAGACUGCAGAUGAGAAGACAGUGGCACAAAUCGCCACUGAGUUGCGUGACCACGUUUGGGAUGCCACGUGCUGCCCCCACGCCAACCAUGUGCUGCAGAAGUGUAUUGCAGCUUUGAGCCCGGAAGAUCUCCAGUUUGUCAUCGAUGUGCUCAUGAAGGACAGGUUUGCGGUCCAGGCAGCCAGGCACAAGUACGGCUGCCGGAUUGUGCAGCGUCUAAUUGAGCAUUGCUCCGGUGAGCAAGUUGAAGGACUCCUGUGUGCAAUCCUUGCAGAGUUGCCCCUGGUGGCUUGCCACGCGUACGGGAACUAUGUGAUGCAGCACAUCCUGCAGCAUAGUCCAUUGCAGGCAGAGGUGUGUCAGAGAUUGGAGGAGCACCUCAAUGCACUGAGCUCAGAUCAGUACGGCGCGGCUGUCGUAAGCUGUGCCAUGACAUCUGCUGAACGCUCAAGUCGGCACUCUUUAGCUAGAGCCAUCCUCAAGGAGCCUACAGUUUUGGUCCGCCUUGCAUGCAGCCGUCACGGGCACGCUGCUGCCCGAGAGGUUGUGGAGGUCCUCGACGAUCCAGACAGGAUUGCAGCCCUUCGUAUCCUCGGGACAAAUCAAACCCGGUUGCUGCGUUCUAGAUACGGACGCAUUGUUGCAGGCAUGAGCUGA